UGCUUCAAAUGCUAUAUAACCGACCAAGCAAUGAACUUCAACUCCAUCCCAAAACAGAAGCGAUGAGACAUCGGUAUCACACCCCCAAUCUAUUAUCCAACCAAUGUGGUUCGAGCCUGGUUCAAAUCAUCGAUGCACCACUUCCUCUGGUAUGGUCCAUAAUCCGGCGCUUCGACAACCCACAAGCGUACAAGCAAUUCGUGAAGAGCUGCAAGUUGAGUGCGGGCAACGGGGGCAUCGGGAGUAUACGUGAAGUGAUGGUGAUGUCAGGGUUGCCGGCUGCCUCCAGCACGGAGAGGCUUGACGAACUUGAUGAUGAGCGUCAUGUUAUGAUGAUCAGCAUUAUCGGAGGUGAUCAUAAGCUUGUUAAUUACCGUUCUACUGCUACGCUGCAUGAAAUUAUUGACGGAGGAAACGGCGGCGGGAAAACGAUGGUGGUAGAGUCGUAUGUGGUGGACGUCCCGGCGGGGAAUAGCAAGGAGGACACCUGCUGUUUUGCUAAUAUGAUAAUCGCGUGCAACUUAAGGUCUUUAGCUAGAGUAACAGAAAAAAUGGCUAAGUUUUAGGAAUUUAUCCAUGCUAAAUUCCUAAAACCUUUUCUUUUGGUUAUUUAUAUUUACUAAA